AGUCUACUCAUCUGCGUACAGCGUCUACAAACACCUUUUCCAGUGAUCGGAGAGGGUAGACUAGCACCUGCCUAAGUAAUCGGUGCCACCACCCUGCAUGUUCCAUCAGCACUAUAUCCUUACAACCUCACAACACACUUUCUUCCAGUUCCGCUCACACUCCCAAUACCCACCUUCACUCAGAAGAUAACCACCAAACCACCAAAAUGCCCUCUUCGGUCUCCGCCUCCUUGGAGCCCCUCCAGCCCAUCUUCCCCCGCCCCGCCUCCGCUACAUCUCCACCCCCGGAGCCGCCCGCUCUUGCAUCUCUCAUCUCCCAUUUAAAACUGCAACCCCACAUCGAAGGUGGCUACUUCGCCGAAACAGACCGUGACACCUUACGAAUCCCCAAUCCGUUCCUAGCCGCUUCCACCCCGGCUACGGCUACGACCUCGAAGUCCAUCGCCGCACUCCGAGGGGACCCCGACUUCGACCCGGAGCAAGAAAAUGCAACUCGUAGUGCUAGCACUAGCAUUUUCUACUUGCUAACGCCCGGCACGCCGCUUGGCGCCUGGCACCGUAAUCGCGGACGCACAGUGCACACGCUGCAUUGGGGCAAGGGCCGGUAUGUGAUCAUCCAUGCGGAUGAGGUGGGGAAAGAUGGUAAGGCGAGGGUGGAAACGUUUGUGGUGGGGAAAGAUGUGCUUAACGGGGAGCGGUUGCAGUGGAUUGUGGAAGGGGGGAAGUUCAAGAGCAGCUUUCUGUUGCCGGACGAUGGGGAAGGGGAGACGAGUGGGGGAUUAUUGAUUAGCGAGACGGUGAUUCCGGGUUUCGAGUAUUCGGACCAUGAUUUCUUGCGUGGCGAGAAAUUGAAGGAGCUGGUGACGCCGGAGCAGGCGAAGGAGCUGGGGUGGAUGUUGAGGAAUGAGCCGCCGCCGGAGGAGCAUGAGCUUGUGUACAAGCACUAGGUUGCGUGAAUCGGGCGGAGAGCGCUAAACUUUAACAGAAAGAUUGAGAGGAGAGAAGGGCUUCAGCUCUCAACGAACUCGAAUGCCGAUCUCCGGAGGUCGAGAUUUUCAUAUCGAACUUGGGACUGGAGCACAUGUCUGUCUAUAAGCAACAGAGGUGGUAUGUUCAAAUUCAACAUACGAAUCCAAGGGUAUCUUAGAAUAGGUUUUCCAAAGUCUCCGGGUAAAUGUCCCGUCGAAUUGCAGCGUUUGCAUCUGGUGCAGUCCGAUAUCUCAAGCUGAGAGCCCAAAGCCCGAUGGGAAAGUAUUACAAGUUUUUCUCAUCCAAGAAUCAAUACAAUCACUUAUCUUUUUCCUUUCCUCCUUUUCUUCU